AUGCUGAGGACGCCGCAAAUUAAUGUAGUAACUUUUUCUGCUAUAGAAGCCGUGCAGAAACAUCUACGUCAUCCCGGCGGGCAUGCGGAUGACGUCACAACACCUUCCGAAGUCAAGUGUGUGAUUCUGGGACAGACUGAGGCAGGGAAGACCAGUCUGCUCAACUGUAUGAUGAAGGGUCAAGGUCACGUGGAGAUUGAAACUAACAGAACCAUCGGUGUUGACGUCAUCCCUUACCAUGACACCAAGAAUAACGUCAAGUACGAGAUGUACGACUUCGGAGGUCACCAGAUCUACCACUACACGCACCGGUUCUUCCUGACACGUCAGGCCCUGCACAUUCUCAAUGUAGACCUGCCAGGAUACAAGUCAGAAGAGUUCCAGGAACGAGUGAGAACGUGGCUAACAUCCGUGACUUCCCACGUGUUCAACCCGGCUAUCCUUGUUGUAGGGACCAAAGUCGACCUGUUCCCGCCAGACAAGGCCGAGGAGAUGAUAGCAGCAGCUUGUUCCUCCAUCCAGAGAGGCAUCCAUGUCGCUGAGAGUAAAAUACAAGCCAAGCUGAACGAAGAGAUUCAACUCUGCCAGAAGGCGGUGGAUGCAGCGGACGGUAAAUCAGACAUGACCGGACCUUUCUACGGUCUCACAAGAGACGACAUCUUGGCCAAGAAAGAGUCACUGGAGAAGUUACUUGACGGACGACCCAAAGGUGUGUUAAACGUACAGGUUAUCCCGGUCAGCAGCAAGACGUUCCAGGGUAUCGAAGCUCUGUGCGACAAGAUGGCAGAAAUGGUGAAAGACGAGAGAUUGUUCCCUGCUGCCCGCCAAGAGCUGUCGGCUUCCUGGACGGAACUGUCAGAAAACAUCAAGACUUCAGGACGGCCGUACCUUCAUGUCAGGGAUUGUCAGGACGUCGGAGCAGCUGCAGGGAUGAAGGAGUCAGACGUCCUGAACGCGCUCAGCCAUCUGCACGUGACCGGACAGAUCCUGUUCUACAACAACAUCAGGGGGAUGGAAGAUCUGGUCUUCCCGGACCCAACCAUCAUCCUCACACUCUUCAAGCAGAUCUUCAGGCAUGACCUACCGGCAUAUCUGGACAGCAUAGCCGAGUCUCUCUCUGAGCAUACCAGAGCGCAUUUUGCUGAAGACAGGGAGUCCUUCCUGAAGACGGGCAGGGCAAGCGACAGUUUCAUGAAGAACCUGCUUGGAGACAACAUUGCCACUUUCAACAGUCUCCUUCCCCUGAUGAAGCACUUCGGCCUGUGUUACUCAGGGUCGGUGAUCUUUCCAACAGAGCUUCCUGCCGCCCAGCCUGACGAGGUGGCGCGCUGCUGGCCAGAGGUUGUGCCAUCAGGCGGCGAGGAGAUCUCUGUUACCAUAGAGUACAGCCAAGAGCCUCCUCUGGGUCUACCGGAAACCAUGAUCUCCCGUAUCCUGUCCAUGGAGCAGACCACACGCCGUCUCCUCACCAAGGACACAGUUGUCGUUCAUGUUGGAGAGAACGCAGAAGACGUCAUGUACCGCCAUUUCCCUACAAGAGAAGAAAUCCGGAUCCGGGGAGAGCCGGAGAAGGCGUGGCGCCAGGCUCAGACGGUAGCGAAGGUGAUGGAGGCCUUAACAGUGUUGGAAGUGGAGAAGCAACAAAGUCGCUCACUAUAG